GAGAAUGGAAUCAUUCAUCAUGGUGGUAAUUUUCAAGCUACCUCUGUGGCUACUUCUAUGGAAAAAACUCGUCUUGCACUUGCUGCGAUUGGAAAAAUUAUGUUUGCUCAAAUGACGGAGCUUAACAAUCCUUCGAUGAAUAAGGGGUUACCAUCUUGUUUGAAUGGCUCUGAACCGAGUACGAACUACCAUACCAAGGGACUCGACACAGCUACUGCUUCAUACUGUUCUGAGCUUCAAUACCUUGCUUCACCUGUGACGACUCAUGUUCAAAGUGCCGAAUCUCAUAAUCAAUCCGUGAACUCACUUGCUUUGAUCAGUGCUCGUAAGACGAUUGAAGCUGUUCAAGUUCUCAAACUGCUCAUGGCCUCUCAUCUUUACUGUUUAUGUCAAGCUAUCGAUUUAAGAGUGUUGGAAAUCAAGUUU